AUGGCAUACCCCCACUUGUUAAGCCCCACAUAUAUGUGCAUACCACCUAGAGAAAUAAACAGAUGUAAAGUAGAUGAAAAUUAUGGAUUUAGGGCACCUACUGGAUUAUUAGGGUAUGACAAUAAUGCAUGGGCCAACGUUCAACAAGACUUGAUUGGUGAGUUGAGAAUAUUUUGGGGCGAGUAUGUUGAUCUAUUUGGUGAUUAUGAGCGUGUAUUUUCUAUCCACAACCCACAUAUAUUUUUUGAAACAGAAGGACCAACACCGCUUGAAAACUGGAUGUCAAUGCCAGAUAUGUGUCACUUGAUUGCUUCUAAAUAUAAUGUGGCGUUACACCUUUUUAGUUAUGAACACUGCUUGCCUUUUUUGCCCUUGCAUUUUAUACCUCCACCUGGACAUGAGUGUAUAACUAUAGCAAUAAGAUUUGUGAAUGGCAAUCACUUUGUUCAGUUGGCAUUGACAGAUGAUUACCUGAUGCCUCCUACUAUGAUUCAGUGGUUUAGAUAUAGAUAUGAUUUUGUAAACGAAUGA